UACUGCGGGCGUUCAGAACGUUCACUGAACACCUGUCCAUCAACUGUCUGAGUCGAUCCAGGCGUCCACCUGCGUCCACUUACUGCAACAACGCAUCUGAUCUAAAAGAUACCUAACGACGCGAAAGCCAUUCAGUUUGAAGGCUUUCACUCCUUCCUUCCGAAGGUAAGUUACAUACCAGUACUAAAUUACGGUAUACUGGCCGAAUCGGUACUACAUCCCAUCACCUAAUACCCCACCGUCAGCAUGCCACGCAAUACAGGCUUGCCGGUUGUCCCCCAGGAACUCUGCGAGAUCAUCGUCGACUUCUCAAGGGACGAUCUAUCUACGCUGGCUGCCUGUAGCCUCGUCUCAAGCGCAUGGCUACCGAUUUCCCGCAAGCACACAUUCUCUGCUAUCACGCUUCGUACAUCGAGCGACGUUGACGAUCUCCUGACGAUCUCCUCUGCGGGCUUGUUAGGCUCCAACCACAUCCCGCGUCUCGUCCGUGAUCUCUGCAUCGGUGGCGAUCGCGACGACAAUCAAUCGGUUCUGCUUAACCCCAGACUCCGUGACUUGUUCGAACAAUUCACAUCUGUCAAGACGUUGAGGCUGCGCUAUCUCAAGUGGCUUGAAGUCUCCGCUGGACAUGAACCUGUGAGAGUACUUGCGAGCAAGGCUACCCACUUGCAUAUGCAUUAUCUCGUCUUCCAUGCACAGGUCAACCUCAUACAGCUACUCUGCUCCUCGCCUGAAAAGCGUUCUCUCAACAUCACCGGGUUAGGAUUCCAUGUUAUGGUCCCAGAAGCCCUGUGCCGGGCUGAGGAUCUGGCUUUCAUCUCUCCGGUUGUCCACAUCGCUAGCAUGACAACAAACUUUGUUUCAUUCAUCUGUUUUCACUUGACAAUGCACUGGGCUUAUAUUUCCAAUUGUCCGCUUUCGCUGUCCAUUGACCGGCUCACUAUCAACGACUAUGGACCCGAACAUACAGUCUCUUCUGCGCACGAUCUGGACUCUAUCACAACAAUAUACAUCGAUUUUCUGGAGAUGCAGCUCGAGGACAGCGCGGAGCAUGCUCUCGCACGUGGUGUAGAUGACGAGGUACCAUUGCUUUGCUAGAUAUACCCACUACCGUCCUCAAAGUCGACUCUGUGCAGAUCAAUGGCCCCGUGAUCCUGCAGAGAUCAGCGGCGGUCUUCUCACAAAUGCUGCUCCUCGCGCUGCGCCGGAGGCUGCUCCGUACGCGCCGCUUGCAUUUUGUUCUUGACGGACUUCAACCCGAG